CCGCCCAGCAUCUACACGCGGUCCGGCAAAUGGACGCUCGUCGGCAUGGUAGCCGUAGCAGGCUUGUUCAGCCCGCUGCCGGCCAACAUCUACUUCCCGGCCAUGCCGGCGCUGGCGGCCGUGUUCGGGCGGUCGGCCGAGGACAUCAACCUCAGCGUGACCGUGUACCUGGCGCUGCAGGGCGCGUCGCCGAUGCUGUGGGGCCCGCUGUCGGACCGCCACGGCCGGCGCCCGCUGCUGGCCGCGUGCCUGUUGAUUCUUGCCGGGUCGAGCCUCGGGCUCGCCCUGUGCCCGGCGUCCGCCUUCUGGUUGCUCCUACUUCUGCGCGCGCUGCAGGCCGCCGGCUGCGCUAGCACCAUCUCGCUCGGCGCCGGUGUUAUUGCCGACAUCGCGGCCCCAUCCGAGCGCGGCUCCUUCUUCGGGACCUUCAACCUCGGCCCCAUGCUCGCGCCGUGCAUCGGCCCGGCGCUGGGCGGCGUGCUGUCGGAGCGCCUCGGCUGGCGCAGCAUCUUCUGGUUCUUGACCGUCUCGGCGGCUGCUUGUCUCGCCGCCGUGCUGCUGUUCCUGCCAGAGACGCUGGCUGCCGCGGUGGCCAGGUACGGUAUCGGCAGCGGCACUCCCGCCUGCCAGCCCACGUUCCCGCGCGUGUCUGAGAAGACUAGGGCCCCUGGGCCGCCGCAGCCAAGCCGCCGCAGCAGCACGAACCCGUUCCGGCUGUUGCUGUUCCCGGACAUUGCGCUGACGCUGGGGUUCACGGGCACCGUGUACGCCGUCAACUACACCGUCAUGUCGACCAUGUCGUCGGCGUUCACCGCCACGUACCCGUUCCUCUCCGAGACGCUGGUGGGUAUUUGUUAUCUGUCGACGGGCGUCGGCAUGGUGCUCGGCUCGGCCGUGACGGGCAAGCUGCUGGACCGCGACUACGCCCGGCUCGUCACCGAGAGAGAGAGUAGUGGUGCGGCGGUCCCCGUCGAGCACGCCCGCCUGCGCAUGAGCCCCGCCCUGCUGCUCGUGUUUAUUGCUGCCGUCAUCGCCUGGGGCUGGUGCAUUCACGCGCGCGUGUCUAUUGCGGCGCCGUUGGUCGUGCAGGUGAUCCUCGGCUACACGUCCAUCGCGGUGCUCAACUCAACCAUGACGCUCAUGAUCGACAUUGUGCGCGACCAGAGCUCUGGCGUCAUCGCCUGCACCAACCUCGUCCGCUGCUCCCUAGCGGCACUCCUUGUGUCGCUCAUCGACCGGGCCACGCAGCGCCUCGGCCACGGCCGGACCUACACGCUGCUCGGCGGGCUGUGCUGCCUGCUGCUGCCGUGCAUCUACGUCGAGAUCCGCCGCGGGCCCGUCUGGCGCGCCGCACGC